GGUGGGUAUGCUUGCUGGAAGCUGACAAGGUUAAAAUUCUAAGCCGUUUGAAUUUUUUUCCUUCAGAGAAGCUGAAGAAACAAACAGAGAUAAAGAGGAGAGACGUUGGACUGCUGCUGGCUCUGGAGGUCAGUCGUUAGGGUUAGUUAGCUGGUUACACAGUUGGAUAGUCAGGUCGGUUAGCUGUAGAGUUUGUAUGUUGGACGGAUGGACUCGGCUUCUCUCUGCAGCAGAAAAAGGCCCUGUGAUGGAGCUGUGCUCCACCCGCACCAGGAGGCCCAGCAGCCAUUCAGGAAGAGGGGGGAGGGAAAGAAGAGGAGAAGGAGAGGAGACUGUAAGGAGAACAGAGACCCUCGGGAUAAUCUGCAGAGGAAGAGGAGGGACCGGAGAGGGGCUCAGACCAGAAACCAGUCCACACCUACUUCUGUUUUUCGGUGUGGUAGUGAGAUCCAGUCCUGCAGAGCCGAAGUCCGAGUGGCUCUAAUCAGGAAGACCCGGAUCCAAACUGGGUCGAGCGGAUUGGACCUGGUUCAGGGUCUGACUGAGCCACAGCGGGACCAGCAACCAGCCCGGAGUACAUGGGUCAGAACCCUGCCCGAGGUUAGACCCAGGUCCGGGUCCGCGGGAAGCAUUCCUGAGACCAGGACAAGAAGGAGGAAGAAGGUCCAGCCGUCUGCAUUCAGAGGCAGAGGUCAGCUGCGACUGUCAGUCACCAGAGAGCUGCAACAGCUGAUCAUUCACAUCCAUGAGGCCAGAGGGCUGAUGGGAAAAUCCCAGAGAUCAUGUGACUCCUAUGCGAAGCUGGCCGUGACCUCUGACCUGCACCGCAGCAUCAGGAUUAAAACUGACACGGUCUACAACAACAAGAACCCGAAAUAUGAGCGCCGCUUUAAGCUGUGGAUCAGAGAAGAGCUCAUCCCGAGCAGGUUGCUGGUUUCAGUGUUCAGACGACCUGCUGACAACAGGUGUGUCCGUCUCCUCAGGCGCAGUCAGCUGAUUGGCUGUAUGAGCUUCGGGAUCGGCUCUCUCAUCUCAUCCUGUGAGCCUCUCAAUGGUUGGUUCUACCUCUUGGCGGAGGAGUAUGGGUGGAGCAAACACCUGAGAGUGACAUCACACAGAGGCAAACCAACAAGAAGCUCUGAAGAGGCAGGAGUGGACAUCAGAGCAGACCUUCGGAGGACUCCGGACUCCACCCCUGAUUCUGACCUGAACCACAUCGUUGAUGCGGCUGCCUCCACCGGUGCGUCCACGGCCAGCCUGACAAAGUCCACCUCCAAGAGUGCCACCAGCACCAGCGGGCCAAAAGACCUGAUCUCCAGCCUCCACUCCGAGGUCACCAGCUACAGCAGCCACGCCGCAACACUGUACACCAACACCAACCAGCAGUAUGCUGCCCAAGAUGGCAGUGCUAUACAGCGAAUGGAGGUGAGCAUCGCUCGAGGAAAAGAUGGAUUUGGUUUCACCAUCUGCUCUGACUGCCCGGUCAGAGUGCAGGCGGUAGAUCCAGGUGGUCCGGCUCAUCAAUCUGGACUCCGUCAGGGAGACUCGGUCCUGCAGCUCAAUGGGCUUCCUGUAGAGACCUGGAAGUGCGUCGACCUUGCCCACGCCAUCAGGAGCUGCCAGUCUCAGAUUGUGUUGGUGGUGUGGAGAAGUUUACCUGAGGUCCGGUCAGCGUGUGAUGCUAUGCUCCGCCCACACACACACAACGCGACGACAGGCAGGAAGUUGCUGUCUCAUCCCACCCACAGCAAACAAGGCCGCAAAUGGGGUCAGGGGUCGGGGGUCCGGGCCAGUUUGGGAGCUCUAGGUUCUCUAUGGAGGGAUAGAAAGGAGGACCGGGAGGAAGAGGAAGAGGAGGAAGACCAGGAGAUGUACACACCUCACACCACCACCCUGAAGGGUACACGUGUGACAUCAUCAAAUGGAGACAAUUACAUCAUCCUGUCACCUGUCAACCCAGAAGGGCAGCUCCUGCAACCAGUUUAUCACGACAGGACUGGGACGAUCGGACAUCUGUACCAGACUCGCCCCAGAGUUCCGAACGUCCUCCACGACUCAUGUUUGGGGUCGUUACAGAGACCUUUUACCAGGCAAAUCUCCACCCUGCCUCCACCUCUUUCCUCCACCUCCUCGCCAUCAUCUUUGGCCCCGCCCAGAAACUAUGGCAACUACCAGAACUGCACCAUCGUUCAGUCACAUGUGCCCUGCUCAGGAUAUGGAACCUAUGUCACCAUGCCUCCCAAAACCGUCAUCUUCCCUAUUUUCGUCCAGCCUCUCGAUCUUUGCAGUCCAGACAGAACCCUGCUGAUGUCUGAAGAGAUGAUCCUGCACCAAGCCGACCUGCUGCCUGCAAAGGUGACCGUGUUGAUCUACAAUGACCUGCUGCUACUUACCAGAGAGGAUGAAGCCAGACGCUGUAACGUUCUGCAGAGUCCGGUGUUCCUGAACACAUUGAAACUCAGAGAGGCUCUGUCGGAGCCGCUCCACCUGUACUUCCUGCAGAGUGCUCCAAGCCGCCGCCGCCUCUUCAGCCUGGAGGCGUUCAGCAUCGAGCAGAAGGUCCGAGUCAGCCUCUGUCUCCACGAUAACAUCCAGCUGCAGCUCGUCACCACGGAGACUACACACACCCAGCAGCUGUCAGACCUCCCCUCAGACUUUGGCUUCCUCUCUCUUGGGCAGUCUGAUCCCCUCUAUUGUCCUUCAUCUCCUUACUCUUCGCUCUGUGACUCCCUUAGACCUCCCUCCCCAUCUUCUUACUCCCCCAGUGCUCCCUUCUACUCCUCCACUCUUCCUCCUGCUCCUGUCUCCCUUCUCUCUCCUUACUCCUCCUCACCACCCUCCAGGAACAUCAUCUCCUCAGCUCAGCUCCUCCCUCCACCUCACCGUCCCUCCUCCACUCUGAGGAGUCCCAUCUGUAAGGAGAGAGCAGGAGCGGAAGAGGAAGAGGAGAGGAGGAAGAGGAGACGGGACGAAGAGGAGGUGGAGGAGCGGCAACAGGGGGAGGGGGAGAGUGCCUCAGAGACUUCAGAGAACGUGGGUGGUGUUGGGGGGCGGGGCUUCCUGCUCAGCGCUCACCACUUCAACAUGAACCAGGAGAGUGACCGUGAAGAGGAGGAAGAGAAGUUUAUCUUCAGACCACCAGUCCUGCGUCGCUCGCUCUCCGAGGGUUCUCUGCUGCAAGAACCUCGAUCGCCCCACUUCCUGUCCGACAGCACCAUCCACUGCCUCACCCGUCCUGUGAACUUUGACCUCAGCCCCAACUCGAGCCCCGCCUCCCGAGCCCCUCCCCCCACACUCUGAGGAAGCAGCUGACCGGAGAGGGGGGGUCUCUGCACCAAAUGCUGAUGCUGCUCAACGGCACCAAGGCUGGAGAACCCAGAAACCGACAGCUGAAGAA